AUGCUCAGAGUGGUUGGAAGAGGUGCGAUAAGUGGGCUGAGGCAGCCAUUGACUAGUAGUGUACGCGGGAUACAAUCUAAAUCAACGCUAUUGCCAUUGAGUAGCCGUGAUACGAGUACACCGACGCAGCAACACCACCAACAACAGCACGGAAUGAAAGUUAGGUCCUCUGUAAAGAAAAUGUGCGACGGUUGCUCGAUAGUCAGGAGGAAGGCGAGGUUGUAUGUUAUUUGCUCAAAGGAUCCAAAGCAUAAGCAGCGCCAAGGUUAG